AGGCAUGAUGCAUUGAUGGACUGGUGUAUCAAGACAAGUGCAUGUGUUAUUUCAGCUCUAGUACAUAAAGUUUGUUGAGCAGUAAUUAGAUUAUGUCAGCUGAUAUCAAGAUGUGGCCUAAGUCUUGUUCUGAAAAUCAAGUAUCAGAUGAUGUAUCAACUGAAAAGAAACUGAUAAUCAAGAAUUCUGACCCUGCAAAUGAGGAAGAAGAAAAUCAACAGCAGAAAAUGAUAAAGGAGGAACAAAUGGCUUAUUUGAUCACUUCACAUAUUCAAAGUGAUGCUGAAAAGUUAAAAAACUUUACUGCUGACAACAACGAAACGGAGAUUAGUGCCAAUUCAAGCAAAAAGUGUUAUAAAUGUAACAUAUGUGACAAACUAUUAAGCCGUUCAAAUCAUUUGCAGAGACACAUGAGGACACAUACUGGUGAAAAACCUUUCAAAUGUGAUUUGUGUGUGAGAACAUUCGGUGAAAAAUCUCAUUUAAAUAGACACAUGCGUAUACACAUGGAUGAAAAACCUCAUGUAUGUGAUGUGUGUGGAAAGGCUUUCCACCAAUCAGGUCACUUACAGAUACACAGAAGGACACAUACAGGUUAUAACCCCUAUAACUGUAGCGUGUGUGGAAAGGCAUUCAAGCAGUCAGCACACUUAUGGAAUCACAUUAAAAUACAUACGGGUGAUAAACCUUAUGAAUGUGAUGUGUGUAAUAAAGCAUUCUCUGAUUCAAGUACCUUUCGGGUACACAAGAGGACUCAUACAGGUGAUAAACCUUAUAAAUGUGUUGUUUGUGAGAAGGCAUUUUGUUAUACAAAUAACCUAAAGAAACACUUGAGGACACACACAGGUGAUAAACCAUAUAAAUGUGAUGUAUGUGGGAAGACAUUCAACCGAUCAGAUACUUUGAAGAUUCAUGUAAGGACACAUAUGGGUGAUAAACCUUAUAAAUGUGAUGUGUGUGAGAAGGCAUUCAAGCGAUCAGAUCACUUGAAGACACAUAUGAGAUCACAUACGCGCAGGUGAUAAAUCUUAGAGAUUUGUGCGGUGUUUUUUUGGGAGGCAUUCUAUGUUUCAGCUACCCUACAACUACACCCUUGUGGACACAGAGGUGAUAAACCAUAUAUAUGCAAUGUACGUGGGUAGACAUUCAACCAAUCAGGCACCUUACUUAAGACACAUACACACCAUGACGGAUACAGCUGAUAAACCUUAUAAAUGUGGUGUGAGAAUGUGCGUAGUCAGUCAUAAUGAAGACAAAUGCUAUUUAAACACCUUAUGAAAAUGGAGCCUGUGGAAAAGAGGUUCAUCAGACAAGAAAAAAGAGACAUAUUUGCAUUUGAGGAAAACCUUUCUCAUAAGUAGUUUUUCAGUCGAUCUGAACUACAUAGUGUAGAUUGAAAUAUGUUGAGAUUUUGCACAUAAGGCCAUCUUUAAAAAAUUGUUUGUUUGCCCUCUCAUGACCGACUGGCUAAAAAUGGCCUGACUCAAAACUUCUUUUAACCUCUAGGAAACUUUUUUUUUACUAUUUUCCCCAGAAUUUUCUUAUCCUAUCAACAAGCAAGUUGAAUUUUUUUGGGGAAAAAAUUUUGUCACCUGCCUAUCGACCCAAUUUUUUUUUCAUUUUGAGUCGGGAGAGGGCAAAUAAACAUUAUUUUAAAGACGGCCUAAUAUCGCCGGUGAUGAUGUGUGCCUUUAAUUUUUGCAUAAGUUGUCGGCAUUCUCUGUGAGUCCUUCAGUUUGAUUUGGCUUGCAGAGAUCAUGGAUCAUUUCCCUGAAAAUAUGAACAAGCAUUUGUGGAAACUAAACCAAUAAAUACAUGUAUUUGAUUGCUGUUAGUUUCUGUUUCCAUGGUAACGGUCUUCUAAAAUUGAACAAAUUUAAAUUUUCAGGUGUUUUGAUUCUUCAGGUUGGCUUUGUGAAAUGACAAAUAAUGUAAAUGAUCACGUAUGAAGGAACGGUUAAUGUUUUAUAAGUCAAUAAACAUGAUAAGGCUACAUGUAAACUAUAUUGGUCAAUUGUAACAUUAACGAAGUCAUGAGAGUAAAAAAAUGUAAUGUGUAGGUUUAUGCUAUAAAUAGACCAAAAAAAAACAUGUAUCUAAUGUUUCUAAAGAGGAAUCAAUGUAUUGAUUAUUUCCUUCAAAACAUCUUGGUUGCUAUGGUUACAGGGCUUUGUGCUAUGAAUUUGCAAUAAAAAAUAUGAACUGAGCGUAACAAAAGUAAAGAUUAAAAGAAACUUUUAUCUGAUAUAAUUAGACAGAUAUUGAGCAAUAUUCAAGUAAAAGAAAGGUUUUAAAAAAAAUAUUCAUUCCUUACUAGGAUGAUUGUCUAGGACUCAGAAGACCAUGCAGUUUUGCUCUAAGAAAUAAUAUCAUUUCCUCUACGACUUUUAUUUUAAAAUGUACAUUUAACAUGCUCGUUUAUGAAAUACACAUGUAUGUUUAA